GCGGCCUGCCCCCGUUCCUUCCUCGAGAACAUCACCAGCACCUACGUGACGGCGCAAAAGUCGGGCCAGCCGGCGCUGCUCACGGCGCUGACGACGGCCUCGCCCAACUUCAUCUACCUGGAGAACAACAAGCUCAGCGACCUGCGCACGGGCGCGGUAUCCACGCCGCUCAAGAUCGACGUGGCGCGCUCGCUGCACGACCCGGACGAGUGCGCGACCUUCACGGAGCUCAUCGCGGCGACGGACCCGCGGCCGCACGUCAUCCACACGCGCAUCGUGCUGGACGCGGCCUCGCAGCAGGCCACGCUGAUGGAGUCGGUCGUCACGCAGCCGGGCGACUGGCUGUUCAACGCGACCGGCACGCUCGAGCUCAACAACGGCGAGAACUGGGACCCGAUCCCGCCCGCGCAGCAGGCCGCCUCGCGCGCGGCCGUGCAGGCGCUGGGCGACGCCUACUUUGACCGCUUCGACAACACCAGCGUGGUGGUGCCGUGGUCCGAGCCGUGCUACCGGCUGGAGGGCGGCAUGGCGGCGCGCGGGGAGAUGAAGGACGGGGAGUGCGAGAUGGUGUGGCCGAGCACGAUCGUCAUCCCGUACCGCCGGUACGUGGUGGACGUGGAGAUGGGCGCCGUCGACCUGUUCAUCGGGUUCCCCGGCCUGGACCGCACGCAGGGCCAGGCGCCGAUGCCGGACAGCCACCUGUUCCGGGUCGAGGGAGGCAAGAUCAAGUACGUGCAUACUGCUUCGGCCUGUGUCGUGGCUGGGUGCGGGUUG